UUUGUCUUCUCCAGUGUUGUAGCAGCUUUGCAUCAUUUCAGCCUUUAUAAGAGACCUCGGUGGUGUUUUCGUUCCAGAAGAAAAGACCUUUCUAAAGAGCUCACAGAUUCUUACGGCUGUUUCUUUCUCUUCCACGUGUGCAGGCUUUGUAGUCCUUGUCUAGAAAAAAAAAAGCCCCGUCUUUUUGUUUUCCUGGAGCUGUCAGUCUCAGUUUUGAGUCAUCUGAUCGUUGGGACGCUGCUGAGGCGUGUUUUAACUCUUUUUUUCUCCUCCAGACUGGCACUUUUCUCAACUGCUAUAGGUGCUCUCAGUGUGCAGCUGCUCUCGCCCUGACUUCCAUCAGGGCGUCCUGUUUGUUGCUAGAGGAGGAACGCCAAUCCAGAAACUGCACAGGCAGCUGCAGCAGCCCCCUUCACGCUCAACCCCUGCGCUAUGAGCAGAGGUAGAGGAGGGCCUUACAAAGAACACUACUGGAGACAGCCACCUUCCCACCCGCAGGCCAAGGAGAGUCACUACAGGCCUGGCCCGCUAACAGACUUUCCCAGAGCUGGCCCGCAGCAGAUCCCACAUCAGAGUUACUACAGCGGCUCUGCUCAUCCUGGAGUACCCAUCCAGCCCCCUUCUCCCCUCACCCCGUCGGCCCCUCCCCUCCCGAGGCACGUUAAUGCCGUCCCCACUAGCUCGUACAGCCAGAACCACAGCGCCGCUCUAGCGCCCAAUUCCUUUCAAUACAAACAAGCGGAGUUCCUCAGAGGGCAGAGUUCUGAGGCCCCGCGUUUCAGAGGGGGCCCACACGGAGGAGGGCAUUCGGUUCCCGGCAGGCCAGCGUGUUAUCAACCCCAGUCAGGUUACAGCAGUUAUCCAAACCCCAGUAGCAGCCCCAGAGGUCGAGGGGGCUACAGACCGGACCAGAGUUUUGCAUACAGGAACGCAGCAGAAGCCUCAAGAGGAAAACAUUUCCAAAACCAGCAGUCCAACAGACAGUGGUCUGCCCCAACUGACUCCUUCCUUGACAACUUUCAGAGGUUGUCUGUUCAAGACAGACCCAGUAAAAGACAAAUCAAGUUAAACAGUCGCUCUUCAUCUGGCUUCAGUAAGGUUGACAUCAAGCUCACACCUGACAUACAAGAGCAGGUCUUCAGAGCUUUGUUUUCUUUGAAGCCAGAUGAGAGAAUUCCGGCGAAAAUUUUAGCCAAGAAGCUGCGUCUACCCAAGAGCAUUGUCAAUAAGGCUCUGUACGCGUUAGAGCGCUUACAAAAGGCGUCCAAGCAAGGAGAGACUCCUCCUGAGUGGUGUCUGUACAGAGAGCCUUUCUCUGGUGAAAGAGAGCAACUGUCCCAAGCUCAGAAUUCAUCUGAAGUCCCUCAAAACCCUGAAGUCAAGGUUGAAGCAGAAACCAGAGUAAAGGUUGAAGAAGAGAACUCUUACACUGAAUCCAUUUCAUCCUCCAGCUCUUCGUCUGAGUCGUCCGACUCUGAAGAGUACCAGCCGCCACCAAGCAAACCGCACCGCGAGGAGCAGCGUCCCAGUCCGGCGAGCUCCCCCAACCCGGAGCUGAGCGUUAGCAUGAUGUCGGACCAGAAGGAGCUCGUCCUGCGGUACCUCUUCGAGUCCGGGGAGGCGACUGCGCUCGUCAUAGCAAAAAACCUGGGUCUGAAGAACACCAAGCAGGUCAAUCCCACCCUCUACGCCCUGGAGAAGCAAGGCGACAUUACCAAGAAUGGAGAAGUCAACCCCCCCACCUGGGAGCUGUCCACUCGCCGCAAAGACAGAAUGGAGAGGAGCAUGAAGGCCGCGCAGAGCGCCGCCAAUGCAGAAGUGCCGAUGGAGGGGGAGGCGAGCGACAACAAUGAGGGGGGAGGUUCCACGUUCUUACCUUCGCCGCAGAUCCCGGGCCUGGAGCCGGUGCUGGAGGGGUGUUUACUGAAGCAGAGUCACAAUGAAGCGCAACCCUGCUUUAGCUCAUGCAAAAACAAAGAGACCAACGAGGGCCAGUGGGCCACCGACGACAUCCCAGAGUUCCUCAACGCCAUCCGCAGAGAGACGGAUGCCGACAGGCAGGCGGCGGAGAAACCGAACGCCAUCGGCACCGUGGCCGUGUCGGUGGCCGCCCCGCCCCCCCAGAACCUGUGGGCCAAGCUGCAGGAGGUGAGGCUGAAGAACCCGGUCAGCGGCCUCAUGGAGUACGCCCAGUAUCUGGGCCAGAACUGCGAGUUCCUGCUGCUCGACCAGUCGGGACCCUCCCACGACCCGAGGUUUCGUAUGCAAGUGAUGCUCAACGGGAGACUGUUUCCAAUCGUAGAAGCUUCCAGCAAAAAAGUCGCCAAAAAGGACGCGGCGGCGGCCACCCUGCGCAUCCUCAUCGGGGAGAUGCAGGGCGGGACGAGCACGGCGGACGAAGGACACGCAGCCGGCGGCGACCAGCCGACAGAGCUCCUCGCUGACCCCAGUGGCGCAGCUGAAACCACAGGGGCCACUCUGGGGUCCACUCUGGGGUCCAUUAGCGUGGAAGGCAUGACGGAGGGGCCCCGCCAGCUCCUGUCCCGCUCGCUGCCCGGCGGGAAGAAUCCGGUGUCGGUCCUGAUGGAGUACAGCCAGCGCAGCGGGAAGCCCAUCGAGUUCAUCAUCACCGGGCAGGCAGGCCCCCCACAUGACCCCAGGUUCAUGUACAGGGUGAAGGUUGGAGAGAGCCUGUUUGCAGAAGCCUCGGCUCCGAGCAAGAAGGCAGCCCGCCAGCUGGCAGCAGAGGAGGCCGUCAAAGAAUUAAUGGCUGACGGGAGACUGCAGCUCAACAAGCCUCAGCUGCCCCUGGGCACUUCCAGCGACGGAGAUCUGGGCGCUUCUGGGACAUGCGCCUCUUUGCCGCCUCUCACCGCAGAUGAGCUGCGGGCGGCCCACGAGGCCGGGGUCGGCGACCUCAUCAACCACUUGAACAACAAUGCAGUGUCAGGUCUUCUGGAGUACGCCAGAGCCCGGGGCUUCGCCGCCGAGAUCCGCCUGGUGGGCCAGUCCGGGCCGCCGCACGAGCCCAAGUUCACCUAUCAAGCCAAGCUGGGCGGACGCUGGUUCCCUCCGGUCUGCGCCUCCAACAAAAAGCAGGGGAAGCACGAAGCGGCAGACGCCGCCCUGCGCGUUCUCAUCGGGGAAGCCGAAAGGGCGGCCCGCACCGGGGAGCUCAUCCCUGCUGAGCUUCCAGUGAGCGGCAGCACGCUGCACGACCAGAUAGCGAUGCUGAGCCACCAGCGCUUCAACGCCCUGACCACCCGGAUCCAGCACAGCCUGCUGGGACGGAAGAUCCUGGCCACCAUCGUCAUGAGAAGAGGGGAAGGUCUGGGAACUGUCGUCAGCCUUGGAACCGGGAAUCGCUGCGUUAAAGGCGAGGAGCUGAGCCUUAAAGGGGAAACGGUUAAUGAUUGCCACGCGGAAAUCAUCUCAAGAAGAGGAUUUGUCCGGUUUCUGUACAGCGAGCUGCUCAAACACUACGACGGCGUGGAAGACAGCAUAUUCGAGCCCACGCAGAACAACAAGCUGCGGGUUAAAUCUGACAUCACCUUCCACCUCUACAUCAGCACGGCGCCUUGUGGCGACGGCGCCCUGUUCGAUAAGUCGUGCAGCGAGGCAGGAGAUGAAGUGGAGGGCCACCAGCCUCUGUUUGAGAACGCCAAGCAGGGCAAGCUCCGCACCAAAGUGGAGAACGGUGAGGGCACCAUCCCCGUGGAGUCGAGCGCCAUCGUGCCCACCUGGGACGGCAUCCAGCACGGCGAGAGGCUGCGGACGAUGAGCUGCAGCGAUAAGAUCCUGCGCUGGAACGUGAUGGGCCUGCAGGGGGCGCUGCUCACCCACUUCCUGGAUCCCAUCUACCUGAAGUCCAUCACGCUUGGCUACCUGUACAGCCACGGCCACCUGACACGCGCCGUUUGCUGCCGGCUGGCCAGAGACGGCGAGGCGUUCACCCAGAACCUCCCCCCUCCCUUCAGGUUGAACCACCCCGAGGUGGGCAGAGUGAGCGUGUACGACUCCACGCGUCACACCGGGAAAACCAAAGAGUCCAGCGUCAACUGGAGCUUCCCAGACCAGCACUGUGUGGAGGUGCUGGACGGGACCAAAGGAAAGCAGGACGGCAACAAGCUGGCCGUGUCCCGCGUGUCCAAGUCCCACCUGUUCGGUCUGUUCCGCGCGCUGUGCCAGCGCUGCGGCCGCAGCGACCUCCUCUCGCUGCCGUCCUACGCCCAGGCCAAGACGUCGGCCCUGUCCUUCCAGGCGGUGAAGCAGCAGUUCUUCGAAGCCCUCAACGUCCACGGCUACGGGGCGUGGAUCGGCAAACCGCUGGAGGAGAAGAGCUUCGAGGCGGGGGAGGGGACCGGGAACAGCGACGGCGGCGGCGUCGCCAUGGGACUCGGGAACAGCAGGAACGGAGGAGCGACAGAGUUCAAGCAGGAGGAGGCGUAGAGCAGAGCGGCGGUGCUCUGAUGAAAUAUGGAUGGGUGAGAUGCACAGAGCAGAUUGAAAGAAAGAGUUAUAAACGUUAUAAAGGAGGAGGACAUUAAACUGUGAAGCCGGCGGCCAAAAGCUGAGACGGAAGAUGACUGAAGGAUGAAGACGGCGCUGAAUCCAUAGGUUGUACAAAAUAUUGUAAACACUACUUGGGAAAGAGAUGAGUCAGAAGGCGGUGUGUGACCACAGCGGCUGCUGCAGCCGGACUGCAUCCAUCUGGUCAACAGUUUGUUUGUCGACAUCUUCUAUACUGUUUUUCUGUCUUUCGUCAGUGCAAACAGCAGGUUACCUGAGCUGUCAAUUGCCAAAAAAGAAACCCAACAUAAACGUCACACGUGUGUGUGUCCUGUUCCUUCAGAGUUUGAGGAUGUUUUGCGUGUUGUUGUUUUUUUUUUUUUUUUAUCUGCUCCCAGUGAAUUGACAUUCGAGGAGUCGAUGCAGUCGGGCUCUCAGAGCAGGACGUUUUUGAUUUCUGAAAACUGUUUCUUCCAGGAAACGAGUUCCCACUCAGUGUGCGGUCCCGCCUAACUGUACACAACACUCUACUGUCCACAAGAACAUCAAAAGGGACAGAGACGGACUGGUGGCGAACAUUUCUCACCAGAUAUUUAAGGCCUUCACUCCAGUUCUCUGAGGGCUCGGGUCCAGCUGUGAAAUGAAGACGGACGGUAAACCCACAGCCGACUCAUUGCUCCACGUGUUGUUGCCAUGGUUUCCAUUCAUAAAGCAACGUUCAUUGCAGUGUGUUUCAAAAUUUAUUUGCUUUCCAGCGUUGGUGUUGAAAAUAAGCAACGCCACAACCUCCAUUGACAACGUUUCACUUCAUAUUGCUUGUGUGUGUCUGUCUGUGUGUGUGUGUGUGUGUGCUUGUCUGUGUGUUUUCUGAUUGUUAGUCUUUUUUUUUCUUUAUUUCUUUUACUUUUGGGGGUCAUCAGAAGCAGGUCAUGCUACAAAAUCCUCAACAGUCCUGCCUGCAUAUUGUGUGUGUGUGUUUUUUUUUUUUUGUUUUUUUUUACACCUGGAUUUAAACAGGCUUGCGGAGUGUGUUGCAUCGCCGGCUCCUAAAAACAGUUUAAUUGUCAGUGUUUGAUUUGGGGGUGAUUGAUGCGAUAUAUACAUCAGGUACAUAGAAACACACGAACACACGCCGGUGCACGGCGGAGUCCAAAAGGCCGAGGCGACUCUUAACAAGCUCGCAUGCAUCAAAGCUUUUUUUUUUUUUUUUUUUUUUAAUUUUCCCUGAAGUUCUUGAGAUGCUGAUUAGUUGCGGAUCUACAUUGUUUUUGCUUUCAUGAAGCUCGUGGCUGAGAUGUAACGUGCUCCGGUGUGUGUCUCUCUGACGUUUGUCGCAGUUCAGGUCCGAUGACCACACAGGAAAGCUAUGCAAGUCGACUCCAGGCUUCAUGUGGCCUUGAUGCUGAAUGAACACAGUGGCUUCAGGCUGUGUGUUGCCCAUACGGUCGCCUCCCUGAGGAGAGUGAAGUUGAGUUCUUCAGGUCGUUUUCACUCUGAAUCGACUUUAUAUUCUCUGUCUCAAUACUUCCCAUUGGCCUCUUUCAAAAUGUAGCUGUAUUUCAGGUAAGCAGGAUUAGCUUUUUGAGUUUGUUCUCAUUUUAAUCUGCUUUAAAAUUACAUUUUUAAUGAGGUUUGCAUUUUCCCUGCACUCACGCCAGCGUCGGUUGCCAGCUCGGACCUCUGGACUCCACCGUGUGCAUCAGUGGAUGUGUGCUUAUAUUACUGUAUAUACAUUAUGUCUUUGUGUAUAUGUGCAAGCCCAAUGUAUAUAUAUACAUAUAUCUUGUAAAGCAUCUACAGUUGCUUUCAUGAAAUUUGAAUGAUUGCAAUUUCAUAAGGUGUGUUUUUUUUACCUAUAAAUUUUGAAAAAUUUAAAAUAAAAUAAGUAGC